AUGUGUCAAGAGCCAGCAGCAGGCAAGUUCAACAUCGAUGGCAUCCUCAGCGAGCUGGGCAGCUUCGGCAAGUACCAGCUGCUCCUCCUGCUGCUUCUGGCCUUCAGGGACGCCUUCCUCAGCAUGUGCAACUUCAACUAUGUCUUCACAGCUUCAGAGGUUUCAUUCAGUUGUUUGACGGAUUGCGCGAGCAACAGCACGUGGGUUCGGUUCCCGUCGGUCAACACCAGCAGCUGCACCAGUGUGGGCAGCUGGGCAGACCCUGGUCAGUGCAGCACCGGUGCGAGUGACGUGCCUUGUCGGAGCAUCGUCUACGAUGACUAUGACAGCAUCGUCGCUGAGUUCGAUCUGGGAUGUCAACCCUGGAAGCGCACCCUGGUGGGCACAAUCCAUAACUCGGGGCUUGUCGUCAGCUUUGUUCUUUAUGGAUUUAUAUCAGACAGAUAUGGGCGUAAGGUGAUAAUAGUUGUGACACCUUUGCUGGUGGGCGCGGCUGGCUUGAUGAAGUCUUUCGCAAGUGACUACUGGACUCUCAUUGCCUUAGAGUUCUUGGAAACUGCUUUCGGCUACGGAAAUGCUUCAAUGAUUCUGUCUUUAGAAGCAGUAAGCCAGAAGAACCGAGUGAUAUACUCGUGUAUAUCUGACAUCUUGGCAAGUAUAGGCGGCGCCUUCUUCGGCCUCAUCGCGUGGAAGGUGCCAUAUUGGAGACACCUCACCAGAGCUAUAUAUGCUCCUCUCCUUAUUGUUGUAUUCUACAUAUUCCUUGUGGACGAGGGUGUCCGCUGGUUACUAGCUCACGAUCGUCGGAACGAAGCCGUUCGAAUUCUCAACAAAGUUGCCAAAGUGAACAACAUUACUUUAUCGAACAAUGCCAAAGAGAUGCUCACCAGGAUAAGUGAUGAGAAACUUGAUAUGCAAGACAAACCCGCGCCAAAUGCACCAACCCUCCUAAAAGUGCUUCAUUCAAAGACGAUCAUCUAUCGUGUUUUGUUAAUGUGCGCCUGUUUCUUCUGCUGCAACUUUGUGUACAGCGGCACCGUCAUUAACUCUGUCAGUAUUUCCGGUAACAAAUACCUCAACUACUCCAUCGUGAUGCUGGUCUCAAUCGUUGCAAGGAUUCUCAACGCCGUGACCCUCACAAGGUUUGGCAGAAAGAAGCCCAUCUGUAUUGCGUAUUGCUUGUGUUCGUUGUUCCUUAUGGCGUCCGCUUUCAUUCCAAAAUCGAUAUGGUGGGCGACCCUAGUAUUCUACAUCUCAGGCAAGAUGUGCAGUAGCUACGGCAUGUUUGCCAUCUACGUGGUGUCCAUGGAGGUGUUUCCCACCACCUCUCGUAAUUCUCUCACUAACAUCGCCAACACUCUGGGUCGGCUUGGCUCUGUCUUGGCACCGCAAGUACCAUUGCUUAGGAGCAUAAUGCCGAGUCUGCCAGUUAUAUUAUUCUCUGUAACAUCACUGGGCCCUGCUGGACUCUCCCUGCUACUUCCAGAUACAAGCCAUGAGGAUUUGCCCGAUAGACUAGACGAUGCUGAGAAAAUCGACGCUGUAGAAGAAAAACCCAGUACAGACGUGGAAGCCGAUACCCCUAAAAUAGUUGAAGAUAAACAAAUUAAUAUCAUAGAAGCAAAUAAUAUCAUACAUCCAAGUAUAGAUGAAUUAGAAACCGCAAGAGCUGACGAUCCCAAAUGUAACCCAGAAGUAAAUCUACCCAAAAUAGAAAAUGGGACUGAUGAAUUUAGAUCAGACGCUCCAUCUAAAAUAUUUCAACAAAGAUUAUGACGCGAUAUGAUAACUGUGACUUAAAAUAUUAUCUUUUCAUAAUAGAUAUUGCACAUAAUAUCAUUAUAUCAUUUGAUGGGAAUCUUAUGGCCAAUACCGAAUCAAUAUUAAUCAAAGUUAUUAAUUUUUAUUGUUCUGAAAAAACCUGUUAAAGUUUACUCAAGUAUGUGAUAAACAAAUGAGAUGAAUUGACGAUGUUUUCCCAUUAAUUAGAGGUAGUAUUUGAGACUAGAACGAUUUAUUUUUGGGCUUAGAAUUAUAAAUACUUAAUUCAAGUAAUUAGUGCCAACAAUUAGAACUGCUAUAGGGAUACUAACAUAGUAUUUGUAAUAUAUAUUAUUUUGCAUAUGAUUGACAUAAUUUUUACUGUUAAACAGAGACGAAAAUCAAUUGGUUUGAUAUCUAAUCAAACUUUUGUUUGAUAAGCUACAUUUUCUUUUUAUGUCUCAAGGUAAAUCUGCUUCAGGAGCAGAUGGUACAUUG